AUGUUCUUCCUUCCUGUCUUCCUCGCGGCCGCCACCGUCUCCACGGCCCUCCCCUACAACAACUCGGUGAUCUCUCGGCGUGACUCCAACUCGUCCGCCCCUACCACCACCCCUGGCGGCGGCGCCUCUGGAGGUGUCAACAUUCUCAACAACAUGGACUCCACCGUCUACGCGUGGUCUGUUUCUGAUAGAGUCAGUAACAUGCACACCCUCUCUGCGGGCGGUGGGUCCUACACGGAGAACUGGCAAUCCAACAGCAACGGCGGCGGCAUCUCCAUCAAACUCUCCACGUCGCCCGAUCAGUCCGAUGUGCUGCAGUUCGAGUAUACCCAGUCCGGAGACAAGAUUUUCUGGGACAUGAGUAAUAUCGACCUGGGUUCGGGGUCGGAGUUUACCAAGCAUGGCUUCUCCGUGCAGCCGAGUUACGUUGAUGUCGAUUGCCCUACUGUUAGUUGUGCUGCGGGCGAUUCGCAGUGUGCGCAGGUGUACCUGCAGCCGACGGAUGAUCAUGCGACUCAUGGGUGUCCUAUUGAUACUUCUUUUACUUUGAAGAUUGGGGCGUAG